GGGUGAGACAGCAAACCUUCCAGGUUUAUAUCCCGCUAGUGAGCAGAAGAAGACGAAACAGAACAUCAAAGUACGGGACACCGGACUCCACUAUCCGGAGCCCGCCCCCGGCCUUUCCAAGUCUCGCCUAUCCUCCUUCGACAUCCGAUAUGCCUUUUCGAAGAAUUUCCCGGAAAAGUACGAGGAACUUGAAAAACAGAACAAGGAGCUUCUCGACAAGAAAUUGAAAAAAGCGAAAAAAUUUUUAGAAAUUUGCUCCGCGCGCGACGAAUGCACCGCGGAAUUCGAGAAAGAACUGGAAAAAGCGCAUUUGGAAGUCGUCGACGCGGUCCGGAGAAAGAUCGCGCGGGCCUUUGUGGAGAAUCAUAAGUACAAGAAGACGGAGAAGUUGCGGCGUCUAUUUUGCAAGUGUGUGUCGAAAAUCAAUCACUUUUCCUCCUACUUGAAGCUCACCGCGGAGUGCCGUAUCGUCCGGGAAACGAACGUGUUUCUCUUCACCAUCGCUUCUGCACACCAAAUGCUGCGGCUCCGCCGGGAGUAUGAGGAGGACUUCCCGAGCCGGAUGGUGAUGGGCAUUUUGGACGAAGCGGGGGCGACGGCGGAAACUUACAUCCCCUUGGUGCUGGAGACGGAAAUCGAGAACUUGAUCUUGCUCGGCGACCAGCGCCAGCUCCGGCCGUUGGUGAUCGCGCCGGACGAGGAGAACAUCGACGCGAAGCAGGUGAACCGCAGUCUGUUGGAGCGUAUGCAUUGCGAAUAUGUCUGGGUCUGGAAGGAUGCGAACUUGUGAUGCGCAUUUCACAACACAGACAAAUCUCUCAUGCAUAGGCAGCAAAAGGUGCCCACUUACUGUCACCAAAAUGGGGGAUUCGUCAUGCGGAUUAAGCAAUGCGGAAGCUUUUCGAAAUCUGUGAUGCUAGGGCUUCCAUGACAGACAUUUAGUGUCAUGCAAAAACAGCAUGACAAAAAUCUGCAUUCUUCCAGACCCAGACACUUUUGCAUUUGAUAGAGCGGUGCGUCAACUGCAACAGCGGCAGCACCAUGUUGCGAGAACAGUACAGGAUGCCAAGGAAGUUGUGCAAUUUGGUAUCCACGUUGUUCUACGACUCCAAGUUGAUCACGCCCGCGGCAAAAGUGGAGAAACUAGUUCCAGAAAACCAACUGCGGUGGGUCGACUGCGGUCGGGAAGACGAGAUGCAAGUGGGCACGAGUUACGUAGCGCCGCUGCAGGUGGUGGCCGCGGUAUGUCUGCUGUUGGGGCACGUGAGUUGUACUCGCUCUACUACUUCUGCUGCAGUAAUAAAACAAAAAGUGGGGACGACCACUCCUGCUGCAGCUUCGGCUACCAGCAAAAGCAUGCCGGCGUUAGAGGAGGCCGCGACAGGAGCAGUUUUGUCCACGAGCACGACGGCCGAGACGCCUUCGAGUAGUAGCACAACCCCCUUCUCGUCGGAAGGUGCAGAAGGGAGUAGUGACGGAGAAAUAAGCAAGUCGAAGUCCAGUUUUUCGGGCAGUUUCUUGGAGAAGACGGACGAAAAUGAAAAUUCUACAACGAAUUGUUCAGUGGAAAGAACAUCAGCGACAUUGGAAACUGAAGAACAUCAACCCGCAGUAAAAUCUUCUGUCGACUUCCUCUCCGAUGCGAAGGCGGAGGUGAUGAUCAUCUGCAUGUACUUGCCCCAAAUGCGCCUGCUCCGCGCGGCCCUCCCGGCGUCGCUCCUCCAAAGACCGGGCUUCCGGAUUGUCACGGUCGAUGCGGCGCAAGGCACGGAAGCCGACCACGUGGUCCUAAUUGCGGGGAGGUGCAACCCCUGGGCCAAGGUCGGGUUCACCAAGGUGAAGAACCGCCUCAACGUGGCGAUUUCGCGCGCGAAGCAGAGUUUGACCGUGAUCGGAUGUGAACAAACCAUGCGGAGCGACCGGAAUUGGCGACAACUGAUUGAAUCCUGCACGCCGUUCGACUGGCCGGCUGCGGUCACGUGCGGCGAACCGGGACUGGAGCGCCGAGGAAACAAUACGAAAGCCGGCACGGGUUUUAUUUCAGGAUCGUUGUCGAAAAAGACUCUAGUGUCGCUGGUAUCUGCAGCGGAUGCGCAGGCGGUCAGCGAUAAUGUGGCGAAAAUAAUGUCGACGCAGUUUGCUAAUGCACAAUCUCUGGAACAAACAAGUUGCGGGAACACCCCGAGGAGCUGGAAUAGCACGCCGAGAAAUCAACAAGGGAAGAAGGGCGCCGGGAAAUCAACUGGCACAGGAAAAAAUAAUGGAGCGCAAGAAGGUCCUGACGAAAGCAAGAGCAAUACAUUCUUUUCAUUUAGUGGAAAUGGUGAGAAAAAAGGCAAGAAAAGCAAGGGCAAAGGGAAGAACGGCGACAAGCAGAGCAAGGGUAAGGGAAAAGGGCAAGGGCAAAGCAAAAUAGACAACAAGAUACUGCCGAAGGUUGAGAAAAUAACACCCGCUCUACUGGGAAAAGACGACGAUGAAAGCAGUACGGAAGAGCCUCUCGUCUCCGACCGUGCAGCCCUUCGUUCUCGGGACUCUCGCCUGAAACAAAAAGGUUGGAUCAAGGUUUACUUUAGCACCACGGAAGCGAACGCGGCCCUGAUUGAGCAAAACGGGAACAAGCUUCUAGGCGGCGCGCAAAACGACCCAAGCAAAGGGUUUUUUCUCACCACGAACCCCCGCCUUGCGUCUGGAGGCGUUGUGUACAAAGUCCUGGCCCGCCUUGGUGCGAUAGAAAGGCGAGGUUUUGGUAAGAAAUCGUUGCCACGCGGGUUUGCGAACCUUUCGAGCCGGGGAAAGGAUUCCGAGGAACUGAGCCCGGUAGUUUGGAUGGUCUACCACACGGACCAGGUGAAGAUCCUGUGCCUAGAUAGAGAAUUGACUGAUUACGCCGCUGCCCAGUUGUCGGACAGCUGGUCUGAUAGUUCUUAACCAGUGCCACUACACACGGGCACGGGGUGGCUAAGUACUUGCACUUACGAUCAUGCCAAACGAGAACAUAGAAGAUAAGUGGAAAAAGCUGUGCAGCAUCAGACAAACUGAGCUUAUCAAGGAGCAAGCCGCUGAGCAGGAGCACUAGCCAGCAGCGUUCUUGUAUGAUGGUUUUAAUGGUUGCUUUUUAUCCUGGGCCUUGAUGAAAAAAUACGCCCAAAAAUCGUUUUUGACAAAAGUAGUGUAAAAUCAUUCCAAAAAACGAGAACAUUCAUUCUGGCGAACUUUACUGUACGAGUACGACACGAUUUUCUGAGGAGAGCCUGAAGCACACGACACACGACUACGCGCUUCCUCCUCGACAAAACAAAGAUAUUCGAAC